CCUCGCCGCCCGAUCGAGCUUCCCUCGAUACCCUCCUCCUCCUCCUUUCGCGGUCUUGACAGAUCCGGAACCGGCGCCGAAUGCUCCGUCCUUGUUCAUCGUCUCCGGAGCCCUGAUUUUUGGUUUGUUUUUUGGUUGCCGCGGAUUGGAUCAUCUUUUGCGAGCUCGGAUUGGGUGGCUUGGUGCUGUCGAUGGGCGCCGGGGCGUCGAGCAUCACGGGGCCGGAUGGGGAGACGGGGGGCCACGAGACGGGGCUCGGGGACCUGCCGGAAAGCUGCGUCGCCGCUGUGCUGCUCCACCUCGACCCUCCGGAGAUCUGCCGUGCGGCGCGGCUCAGCCGGACGUUCCGGGGCGCUGCCUCGGCGGACUUCGUGUGGAAGGCGAAGCUCCCGGAGAACUACGUGCAUCUGAUGGAAUUGGCCUGCGGUGGGAAGAGCCCGAGUAGCAGAAAGCGGCGCCUUUUCUUGAAGGAGAUUUAUGCGCGGCUGUGCCGGCCGAAUCCCCUCGAUGGGGGCACCAUGGAAUUCUGGCUUGAAAAGAACCGGGGUGGCGUUUGCAUGUCAAUUUCCUCAAAGGCGUUGCUUAUUACAGGGAUUGAUGACAGAAGAUACUGGAAUUAUAUCUCGACGGACGAAUCCAGAUUCCAUACAGUUGCUUAUCUUCAGCAAACUUGGUGGUUCGAGGUGGAUGGGGAAAUAGAUUUCUGCUUCCCUGCUGGUGCUUACAGCCUGUUCUUCCGGCUCCAUCUGGGUCGAAUCUCCAAGCGACUUGGCCGUCGGAUCUGCAGCUUCGAACAUGUCCAUGGAUGGGAUACAAAACCAGUGCACUUUCAGCUGUCAACUUCAGAGGGUCAGAUUGCUACAUCUCAUCGUUAUUUAGAUGAACCUGGGAGAUGGAUCCUCUGCCAUGCUGGAGAUUUUGUUGUGGAAAACUCGAAUGUGUCAACCAAGCUCGAAUUCUCAAUGACGCAAAUUGAUUGUACACACACAAAGGGUGGCAUCUGCGUUGACUCGGUGUUGAUAUAUCCCAAAGGAUUCAUGCAGGAAAAAGUCUUUACCUCCAGCUUAUAACCAUUUUGAGUGUGGUCUCUAAACAACAACCUUGAUGUAGGAACAGUAGAAGGUAGCAAGUUCGCUCUGUUCCCUAGUCAUAUUUAUAUAGGGUGCAUGGCAAUGUCUGUAUAUGAGUCCCCAUUCUCAUUUUUAUUGAGAAUGGGAAUUCGGUGAUGGUUUUGUUCGAGGACUACCAAGACUUCUUCUAAAGGACACUUCUUUGAGUAAAUCUUUUACAUAGUUUAGGCAAAUUGAGUGACAUGGUUUCGGCUAUGACGGAUGUAAUCCAGUUAUAAAUCUUUCAUGCACCCAAGUUGUUCUCAGUGCUCUCACAUUAAUGUAUACUUUUGUGUGCGUGCGUCGCGUGUACACAACACUGCUGGAUGUAAUUGUGAGGUAAAUUGUAUAUGAUCCGUCAUUCAUUUUCA